AUGCAGCUAUCAAAUGGAGACGAAAAAAGACAACCCAUCCAGAGAAGAGCAUACGGUAUUCUUCGAUGGUUCAAGGUUCACAGAGACUACCGAGCCAGUCUGCCACCUAUUAUAUCCAGAUUCACCGGCUACCGAGCACCAGAGGCUGAGCCUCCAUAUGAGCCUUUGCCGUUUCCCCCUUUCACCUGGUUAACGAAAAUCCCCCUUCGACUCGAAGUAUGGAUUCUUGGCUGGAUCGGCGCUUUCGGUGGCAUCCUCCUCAUCGAAGCAAUCAUGUCGACCAGUACAGCUUUCCGCGACGUUUAUCACACACCCACUAUCAUUACGUCUUUUGGUGCGUCGGCAGUUCUUCUCUUUGGAGUAAUCGAGUCCCCAGUGGCGCAACCGCGCAAUUUUGUCCUUGGUCAUUUCAUCUCGGCCCUUGUUGGGACCGCCAUCACUCGGUUAUGGGUGUUGAAUGGAAGCUACCAGGGGUGGCUUGACAAUACUGAGUUUCACCCAUCGACCUUCAUCAAUGGAGGACUUUCGAUGGCUACCUCCCUACUUGCUAUGCUCAUCACGGGCACCGCUCACCCUCCCGCUGGUGCCACUGGUCUCAAUGCUGCGGUCCAAACGCAAGUGGUGACAUUAUCAUGGAGAUAUUUACCCACCAUUCUGGCCUCGUCACUUAUCAUGCUUGGGUGGGCUUUGAUUAUCAACAACCUUGGACGACGUCGAUAUCCACUCUACUGGUGGGCCCCUGGGGCAACAUUUGUCUGCAUUGAGGAGAACCCGGAGCUACAAAAGGCAGAAGAAGGUGAGGUUGAACGCGAGGAGAUGGAAGAGGGUGAGCUGGAGCGAGAGAGUACGGCUGCCAGCGAAAGACUGUCUGAGGAUAGUAGGGAGGCUGGUGAAAGAUCACGUCGACUGUCUUCAAGAGUGCUGGACCCUGAAAGAAUCCAGACCGGGCCAUCAUCUUUGCAAAGUGCUAUUGAUUCUUUUCCAGGGGAGUUUUCGAACCGGCGGCUGAGUUCGAGUCGAGAGCGCUGUCAAUCAGACUAG